UGCAUGCUCAGAAGUUACAACCGCUGGGCUACCGGGGCCUGAGGGAGGCCUCCCCACCCUGCCCCGCCCCGGCCGGGCUUGGAGCUCUUCUGCGUGCCGGGUCGUCUUCGCUUCCCUUUCCGGCAGGCAGGUGCCUGGCGCCGGCGUUUUUGUAUCUCUGCUCGCGCUCUUGGCGGGAUCCAUGCCACGCUCCAUGGCCAGGGCUGCGGGGCGGAGGAGCUGGGCGACCCUCCCGCUCUGCGCUGCCGUUAUUUUACUUGACCUGGCUGUCUGUAAAGGAUUUGUAGAAGAUCUAAAUGAAUCAUUUAAAGAUAAUCGAAAAGAUGACAUUUGGCUUGUUGAUUUUUAUGCACCCUGGUGUGGCCAUUGUAAAAAACUGGAACCAAUUUGGAAUGAAGUUGGACUUGAAAUGAAAAGCAUUGGUUCUCCAGUUAAAGUUGGAAAGAUGGAUGCUACUUCUUACUCUAGCAUUGCUUCAGAGUUUGGAGUUCGAGGUUAUCCAACAAUUAAGCUUUUAAAGGGGGACUUGGCAUAUAAUUACAGAGGACCACGGACUAAAGAUGAUAUAAUUGAGUUUGCUCACAGAGUGUCUGGGGCUCUGAUUCGGCCACUUCCAAGUCAACAAAUGUUCGACCAUGUACGGAAGAGGCAUCGUGUAUUUUUUGUUUAUAUUGGCGGAGAAUCACCCUUGAAAGAGAAAUACAUAGAUGCUGCUUCAGAAUUAAUUGUAUAUACAUACUUCUUUUCUGCCUCAGAAGAUGUGGUUCCUGAGUAUGUGACACUGAAAGAGAUGCCCGCUGUACUCGUUUUCAAAGACGACACUUACUUUGUUUAUGAUGAGUAUGAAGAUGGUGAUCUGUCUGCAUGGAUCAGCAGGGAGAGGUUUCAGAACUAUCUUACUAUGGAUGGCUUCCUGUUGUAUGAACUUGGAGACACAGGAAAGCUUGUGGCCAUUGCAGUUAUUGAUGAGAAAAACACAUCACUUGAACAUACCAGAUUAAAGUCGGUUAUUCAGGAAGUUGCUAGAGAUUUCAGAGACCACUUCCAUAGAGAUUUUCAGUUUGGCCAUAUGGAUGGAAAUGAUUACAUAAACACAUUGCUGAUGGAUGAAUUGACAGUCCCAACCAUAGUUGUACUGAAUACUUCAAAUCAACAAUACUUUUUACUAGAUAGACAUAUUAAGGAUGCCAGUGACAUGGUCCAGUUCAUUAACAGCAUUUUGGAUGGUACAAUACCAGCCCAAGGAGGUGAUAGCAUUUUGCAGAGACUGAAAAGAAUAGUAUUUGAUGCCAAAUCUACAAUUGUGUCUAUAUUCAAGAGCUCUCCACUUAUGGGCUGCUUUCUCUUCGGCCUGCCACUUGGUGUCAUCAGCAUCAUGUGCUAUGGAAUCUACACAGCUGACACAGAUGGAGGCUACAUAGAAGAGCGGUAUGAAGUGUCCAGAAGUGAGAUGGAAAACCAGGAGCAGACAGAGGAGAGCAAAGAGCAGGAGUCCAUCUGUGGAGGAUCUCUAGCGCCUACUGUGCAAGAGCCCAAGGAUGUGUUAGAAAAGAAGAAAGACUGAGACUUCACAGAUAAAAAAAUAUUUGAUAGGAUUUCAGGUUAUUAAAGAAUAUUUAUUGAAUUUAGAGAUUUAAUCAUGAUCUAUUUACAGAAGAGAACAUGUUAUUUGUAUUUUGCUAAUAACAACUGCAUGAAUUAAAGUAAUCCUUCCAUAAGUGGGAAGAUAUUUAGAACAGAGAGAUGAAGAGUGUGUACAAAACCAAGCCAGAUCAUUGUGUCAGUUUACCUUGCAGAUGCCCAUUUUGUGCACACUCCUCUAUGUGCAUGUUCUAUGACAAAGUUAAAAACUUGGACAAAGUAUUAUCUUGACCAUUGGGGUGGAAGAUGUGUGGUUUUGCAGAGAGAAAUAGUACUUUCACCUACUAUAUCAAUUCUCCUAUAUUUUGGAUAAAAUUUAUAUGAACAAAUUAAGUCUUUAAAAUUUAGAUGUUUUAAGAAUAACUAGUAAAUUUUUCCAUGUAUCAAAUUUCAGAUUCUGAGUUUAAAAAUCAUGUGGUUUUUAUAUAGCAUAGUGAUUUUAUUUUACUAGUUGUUUUUAAAGGAGAAAUGUUACUUUUUUACUUAUACUCAGUUGCAUUAUUAUGAUAUUGGCUUAUGGUCCCAUGAAGUGGGGGAAGAUAAUUGGCCUUUACAAAAUGACCAGGGUAUUUGGGGAGUGAUGGCUUCAGUCCCUGCCUUAUGCUGCUCAGCAGGGCACACUGUCCAUCACUGUAGGAAAGAGAGGCCCUAUUAGUACACCUCCCUUUUAGCCAAAGCAGCCUAUUAUUUUGUUUUGUUUUAUUUUUAUUUUAUAGCUUGACAUUACUUCUAAAAUUUCUAUUAAUUAAGAAUGUUUUCAGAAGUAAUAUACAUCAUGUUUUUUAUGAUAUAUAAACUAAUAAUUUAAAAUUUACUGCCACACCUCUAUUGUGGGAGACCAUGACAUGUCAGUUAUAUAAUUAGCAUGUUAAACUCAGAUGUCAUGAACAUAACAUGUUUACGACACAUUAAUUUGUUAAUCUUGAGGCCUUCAUUUUAGCUAAUUUCAGAAUUUUUAUUAAGUAACAUUUAGAUGGCUACUGUUUGAGUAGUUUAGGGUUUAUUGAAAGGAUCUACUAAGCAUUCGUCAACAUAGUUUCAGUUCUAACACUGAUGUUACUUAAGCUUCUGCUUUGGUUACCAGGGGAGCUUCUGGUUUCUGAACUAAAACUUGUGUAUCUGUAGAGUCAGGGAAUUGUUAGUCAUAGUUUGUGUCUAGGUGUGCUUUUCAUAUUUAAAAAAAUCCAUUUUUAAUAUUUAAUCACCCAUUGUUAACUUUAUUGAUAAUGAUAUAAACAUACAGUCACAGGGAAUUUCAGAAAAUAAAAGAAUAUUUUCAAAUGGAAACUGGAGAUAAGCACUGUUAAUAGUUGCUGUGACAAGUAAACUCCUCCAAAGAAUAAAGAAGACUCUUUGGGAAGGUUCAUGAUAGUUGUCCCAAUGGUCAAGUCUUUUUGCAGGAGGAAAGACCUGAAGUGCAUAUAGAUGCCUCAUUUAUGAUACUGUAUGGUAAGAAGAGAGAUCUGAGGAAAUAGGAAGUACCACUAAUAUAUUUUAAUAUUGUUCAUCACUAUCAAAUGUUAUGUGUAUUUUUUCUUAUCAAUCAAAACUUGUAAAUAAGUUCUCAGUAGGAAAAAAAAAUAAAGCACAGCUUUGCAUCAGGAAACAGAAGCGCAGAGGUAUUUUUUGUUUUGGGGGGAGGGGCAAUACUUUCCUUUAUGAAUGAGUGCUUUGGUUUUCUGUUGUGAAACAACUAUAUGCUGAUUCUCAUUCAAUUUGUACUUUUAAAAUGUGUUCAUUGGGAAAAACAAAAUGUGUAAGUAGUUUGUAAGUGAAUAGUUUUAUUUCUUUUUGUAUUAAACUACUUUUUGCUUCUUGAGAUUUUUAUUUGCAUUGUCAUGUUGUUCACAUAACAAAAUUUAAAGUUUAUUCAUUCAUGUGCUUUUUGAUAUGUUAUCGUUCUGUUUGCUAUCAGGAGAACAUACUUUAGAAUCAGGGCAGCUCUCUUCAUAAUCUAGGAAAAUAUUGAUCCUCUAAUUCAAUGGUAAGUCCCAUGGUUAAAUACCAACAACAGAAUCCUUUCAGGAAAUUGGAAUUCCACCCUUUCUUUCAUGUGUAAAGUUCUGAUUUCUGAAAUCCAAAAAUGUAGCUCUUUGGUGCUGAAACAACAUUUCAGAGUACUCCAGAGAUUGUUCAUGCUUAGUCCAGCAUCCUCAGCAUCUCUUUCUGAAAGCCUUCUUCAUCGUGUACAUAGAUAUUUUCAUACCUUCUAUUGUGUGAAGUGUGUUUGAGAUUUAUUAGAUAUACAUGUUUUGUUUUCUUCCUCACUCUAAGGACUCCUGGAACAUGGUUUAGAAAUGCCAAAUGAGUAAAGGUUAUGGAAAGGACUCUUGAAGAGCUGAAGCAACUGUGUCUGUUGUUUCUGUGUAGUCAAUUUUAUUGCCCGUGAUGUUUCUGAUAUUUUGACUUGGUAGCUCUUGAUUUUAAAAUAAUAUUUUCAUCAGUGUUUCCUGAUGAAAUGGACAGGGGGAAAAAAAAAUCACUCAGCUAUUCUUAUGCAGAAACUGUUAAACCAGUGUGACAUGUUAAGAUUUAAGUGGAGGGACUGAGUUUGCCAUUUUAUCUUUACAAAUAUAUAUAUAUUUUCUGAAUGUUUCUGAAUAGUUUCAUAGUUUGGACUAAGCUAUAAAGGUUUUUGAAAGUCUGUAUUACUACUAACUUGUUGAAUUGUGAUACUCUGCCUUAUAGCAUCAAUUGCAAACCUUUGUUUUUCUAAAAUAAAGUAAUUAAAAACAUGAUUGCAUAA